AUGAACUCUCCGUCGGACGGGCUUCGGAACAAUGUCAUCGCCGUCAAUGUGCUCGCCGUCGUCAGCAUUGUGCUUCGAUUCGUCGCUCGACACAUCCGCCGAGUGACGGUAGGCGCUGAUGACUAUCUCAUUGUUGCAAGCUUGGCGUUGCUCUUCACAAUCUCCGGCAUUGCUCUGGGAAUGAUUCAUUAUGGCUUGGGAUACAACCAGGUGGAUCUCCCCGCUGAAAGCUCGCUGAUGGUAGCCAAACUGCUCUAUGUCUUUGAGAUCUUUUACGUGAUCAAUCUCCUGACCAUCAAGCUUUCAAUCCUGAUGAUGUACCGCCGUAUUUUCACCAACAUCUCUCGUCUGUUUCGCGUGGGCGCGAUGAUCUGUGGUGCGGUUGUCACACUCUGGGCCACUGCUUUCGUGCCAGCCGCCAUUUUCCAGUGCACGCCGGUAGCCAAGGCGUGGGAUAUCGACAUACCUGGUCAUUGCAUCAGUCUCCAACUGGCCUUUUACUGCGUCGCGUUACCCAAUAUUCUCACCGAUGUUGCCAUUCUGUCGCUGCCCAUUCGAUCCUGUUGGCAGUUGCACAGGAGCAUCCUCUACCGUCUAUCUCUCAUUGGUAUCUUUAUGAUGGGCAUUUUCGUUGUCGGUGUGAGUAUUUACCGAUUUACCACUCUGUUCCUGUACUCACCACACAAUGUCCCUGGAACCAUCGGGCCGUCGACGAUAUGGUCCGUCAUUGAAUGUGCGGUGGGUAUAGUCUGCGCAUGUCUGCCCACCAUAACCCCGGUGUUACGGAUCGUCUGCCAUAAAUUCAACUGUCCCUGCUGGUCAGAGGGACAGUCGGGUCCCCGGAAUAAUGUUAAUGAUGACAGUCCAACUCCCGCCCGUCGGCGCGUAUUCAAGGUCUGGGACAGUGUUAGUUUCUCACAGGGGAUCAGUACUCUACCGACCCAGGACACCCGAACAACCCUAUGUGAUCAGCGCUCCUUGAUGAAAUCUCCUGCCUCAGUGGAGAACAACGACGUGGAGUUAGCGCAUCUCACGGCCUGCUCGACGGUGCCAUCUGGUCGGAGCACAUUAGGAGAUUCGACCCUACCGCCAGGUCAUGUAUAG